UUUGUAAUAUUUAUUUUUAGCAAAAUGCGUAACAGAAAUAGCAAAUAUGAUGCAUAUUUUUAUAUUUUUGAUGGAACUGCUAAAUGCUUGGGUAAAGACUGUAAUUAUUUUUACAAAUCUAUUUCGUCUUCAUUUCCACGUACAUGUUUACGUGCACAUCUUGAACGUUAUCACAAAGAGUCAUUCCAAAAAUUAAGAGCAGAUGAAGAGCAACAACAAGAAAAACCUAUAACUAGACCUGUUAGAAAACGAGUGAAAAAAGAAAAAAAAUCAUCUUCUAAUUUCGACUCUACUUCUGAAAAUGUUGUUAAUAAUGACAGGAAUUGGUGCUCUCCAAAUGAUGAAUUAUUAUUAAUGACAGAAAAAGUGGAAGAAGAUGAUGAUGGUUAUAAUUCAAAAUUGGAUGAAGCUAUAAUUAGUUUAAUUUGUACGGCAUCCCUUCCCCUUUCAUUUAUUGAAGAACCUGGACUGAAAAAUCUUUUAAAUAUUCUUGUUCCAGAAUAUAAAUUAAGACCCCAACGUUUCUUUUCUUCAUUUGUUUUAAAUAAAUUGUAUUCAAGAAUAAGGCAAAAAGUAAGUGAUGAUAUUCGGACUGAAUUUAUGUCGUUGACUGUUAAUAGUUUAAAAUCAAAUGAUGAUUCCUAUACCCUUUUUGUUUUUACUGCUCAUUAUAUUUCUGCAAGUAUGACUCCCUGUUCUCGUGUUUUGGCUGUGGAGCCUGUGAAGGGUGAACAAACAUGUGAAAAUGUCAGUGCUUUACUUAGCAAUGUAUUGAAUGAGUACCGUGUAGAUGCUUUCAAAGUUCAUCUAAUUUUACGAGAAGAAAGUGAUGAAGAUUUAAGAAAGGCGAUUCGUUCGACGGGUUUUGAUUCAAUGCAAUGUUUAACAAUUAAAUUAGAUUUGGCAAUAAGAAAGAUACGAAAAUCAAGAGCUUUAAGUGAAAAUUUCCCUCCAUUAUGUGAUGAUAAUUCAAUUCCCUCAAUUUAUUUAAAAAAGGGAACAAAAAUUCGUUGGAACAAUGCUUUAUUAUUAUUUGAAUGUUUUUCUUCUAACGAAGAAUUUUUGAUUAAAAUUCCUUAUAGCAAUAAAUUAUUUCCUGCUUUUUCCCCAAAUGAAUGGAAAAGCAUGAAAAGUAUUUGUGAAUUACUUCGUCCAAUUUACCGUGCAACGACUAGAAUUGCUUCUCGACAAGCCUGCAUUUCUUCUGUCAUUCCAUUAUUUAAAGCAAUUGAUCGGGAAUUGGGGAGAUUAAAUACAAAUUCUCCUUUAGUUAGAGAUAAAUUGAAAGAAGAAUUAAAUAUAAAAUUUGGAGAUUGUGAAGAAAGUAAACAUUUGUUGAUUGCUACUCUAUUAGACCCUGCCUACAAAAGUGCUUUCUUUAGGGAGCCUGAAAAGGCGAGAGAUAUUUUGUUUAGUGAAGUUGAAAUGCUUGCAAUUAGAUCAGUUGAAGGUGCUCCCCCAAUUCAUAACGGAAACAGUAUGGAAGAAGAUGAUCCCUUUGUACGCUUUUGCCGUGAUUCAGAGGCAGUCGAAUUUUCUGCUUCAUCAUCCCCACCCUCUACAACAUCACCAUUAGAAAAUGCAAAAGCUAUGGCAGCAUGGCAAGUAAAUGAUUAUUUAAAUACUCCAAAAUAUGAUGGGGAUUCCUAUUCAUUUUGGGACAAUCCAUAUUAUGCCUCUAAAUAUAUGUUUCUAUUACCUCUUGUCAAAAAAUACCAUUCUGCCCCAAAUACCACAAUAUUUUUUGGUGAAAACAAGCAACAACAACAACGAAAUUCUUGUACAAAACUUUUAUCACCAGAUGUGAGAAGAAGUAUAAAUAAUGAGACUUUAAAAGAAAUGUUAUUUAUUCAUCAAAAUAUUUUAUUAAUGGGUUUUGACUUUUAA